AUGAAGUCAGCUCCAUCCUGUCAUCUCUCACUGCUCCUUCUGCUUGUAGUUAACCUAACAGGUGUUUAUGGGAAAAGAAUCAUCGGGGGUGCAGAGGUAGAGCCCUACUCCAUCAAGUAUCAAGCUUCCCUCCGGUUCAUGAACUACCACUUCUGUGGAGGCACGCUCAUCCACCCACAGUGGGUGGCAUCUGCUGCCCACUGCUGGAGGCCGAGUCACCUGAUCAAAGUGGUCCUGAGUGAACACAGUAUCACCAAGGUGGAGGGCUAUGAGCAGAUUUUCAAUGUCUCCUUAGUCAUCAGGCACUACCAGUACCAACACUGGACGUUUGACAAUGAUAUCAUGCUGCUGAAGUUGGAGCGGCCAGCUAUCAUCAAUGCCAGGGUCGAGCCGGCCCCUUUGCCAGAUCCGGACUCACCCCCGUUGGCUGACCUUGCCCGGUGCACAGUCAGCGGCUGGGGCGUGACCUGGCUGAACAGCUACAGACUUUCACCUGUACUGAGGUCUGUGAGUGUGGACAUCUUCUCUAACUGUUGGUACUACUACUACUUCAGGAUCACAGAGAACAUGAUCUGUGCUGGCUCAAUCUAUGGUGGAAAAGAUUCCUGUCAGGGUGACUCAGGAGGACCUCUUGUCUGUAAUGGUAAAUUUGAGGGCAUUGUUUCUUGGGGCAUCGGCUGUGCCUAUGCUUAUUUCCCUGGCGUCUACACCAAGGUCAGAAACUACCACGGAUGGAUCAACUGGGUCAUCCAGAACAGCUAAUGAGAUUCUUAAUAACAAGACUCUACUGUGAGGAAGAUUUGCAUGGAUCCUAAUGGAUCCAGUGGGGUUUUUUUGUUGUCUUUUAUACAGUACUUUAUGUAAACAUGAAUUUAAUGCCAAAACACUGAUCUGUGACAUACACUCCAUAAGUGUUAACUCAUUUAAGCACACACAGAUAAGAAUACACACUUUUUUCCCACUUAGUGAAUA